AUGGUCGACGAGCGAAGAGCCAAGGGCAUCCGGCGAGACUGUUUUAUUGAUGACAAACUAGAUGAAUACAGCACCAAGGGUUGGCCCAUGUCACAGCACGCGUUUAAUAACCUCUUUGGUGAACUGCUUGAGGCUGGGGCAGACACAACUGCCAAUCAAAUCCUGACUCUUAUUUUAGCAUUGGCUAAAAACCCUGAGAUACAGAAACGAGCACAGAAGGAAAUUGAUGCGGUUUGUGGCACCCAGCGGGCUCCUCUGUUCUCGGACUUUGACCGUCUCCCUUACAUCAACUGUAUUGUCAAGGAAGGAAUGAGAUGGAGGCCGACAGCUUCUACCGGUCUGCCGCACAUGGUCACCCAAGACGACGAAUACGAGGGCAUGCUGAUUCCAAAGGGCUCAAUUGUUUUCCUUGGGAUCUGGGCCAUGCAUCACAACGAGAAAAUAUACCCCGACCACGACGAGUUCAACCCUGAUCGGUUCCUGAACCAUCCAAAACUUGCCAAUGAGUAUGCCGUCAGUCCUGACUACAAUAACCGAGAUAAGUUUACCCCUCUCUCUCCCACAUGA